GAGCCGAACCAUACAGAGGCUGUGGAGUACGGCCGAUCCUAGAGGAGAUGACGGAAGCAAGCAUGAAACGUAUUUUUGAGGUUCUCGCGGUAGUGGCGGUUGCGGCAUGCUGUUGUCAAGCUGACGACUCUUGCCAAUUGAAAGGAUACGAUCUCGAACCCUUGAGCAAGUCACACUGGGCGGUUCUGCUUGACAAGGCUUUAUGUAAAGACACCUCGAGCGGUUGUAUACUCCUGUUCAGCGCAUGCUUCACUUCGACGCUGUGCCCAGCGGGCGCUUUCGCUUGCCUCCAACAGAAUGGAGUGGGCACGGCGCGAGGGGGCGAGCCGGCGAUUGUAGAGCGUAGCGAUGUUCAGGGAUUCUCCCUCCAUUACAAGACUGAGGAAGGGAAUGCAACGCAGAAUACCAUCAUCGAAUUCACCUGCGAUGCUGAGAACAUUUUGAGAGACGAUUCACAAGAUAGGCUCGCAGUGUGGAUCGAAUCGAAAGAUACCACAAAGCUGGAUAAUGGGGUACGAGUGUUCGUCAAGCACGCGAUGGGAUGCAAGAAACGGGAGGGUUUGGGGACAGGGAGUCAAUUCAUAAUCAUCCUCUUGGUUUUGUUCCUUCUGUAUUUCCUCGGGGGAAUCACUUACAAUCAUGUUAAUGGAGCGCGCGGCGAGGAACUUAUUCCACAUCUUUGGUUCUGGAAGAAUUUCCCAUCUUACGUCGUUGACGGCUGCAUCUUCGUCGUUCGUGUGAUAACAUGCCAAACCCGAGACAACUACUCCCAAAAUCCGGACUACGGAUCGACAUCGCAAGCAGGCGUCUCUCCUUCAGGCCGGACUUAUGAAACGCUGUGAAUAGAGAGAUACAGACGUUUCGUCUCUCUCCACAUACGACAAACUCCGAGGCGGGCCUCAUGUUCAUAUAUGCCGGUGUUCUAGCUGCUGUCGUCGCGGUCAGGCUACUGUUCAGGAAGGCACUUGUUGUUCAGAGGGCGGUAUUGUUUCGUUGAAAUCGAAUGGAGUGGUAGAGUCUAAGGAAAUAUCCGGAGAGAACCAUGAACACCGGGCGACCCAUAUCUUUUUGCUACGGAUACUGUGAAGGCGCGCGAGGCUUUAAAAUCAGUUGGAUGGGACGGUUCGUUUGACCCCAUCGUUUCGUCAUCAGCUGUGGAGCGUUCGAUCGGAUGGGCGUCAGUCGAGUGUGAUAAAUGAUCAAGAACUCUACGAAUGAGAUUUUCUGUCCGCUUAAUGAUUGCAGAGAAUUGCAGAGAAAAAUCUUCUUUUCUACGAAUGAGCGAGAGCCUCUUCUCGAUUCGGAAUAAACAGCGGUUGUAAGUUUGUACAGAGAGAA